AUGCUCAGGCAGCCUUGUCCCGCAUGUGUGAGACUGGUCAGGCAGUCCAUCAGGAGGGAAUAUAGUACAGGACGCCUCAGUGACGCCUGGCGAUCGGCUCAGCUGACUUCGAGAGCCCUGAUCGGCAUCAAAGGACAAGAUGCUCGCGUCUUUCUCCAAGGUCUCAUCACCAACGAUAUCGACAAGCUUGAACCUUCUCGCACGCCUACCGCUGCACUCUAUUCUGGCUUUCUGAGCGCGUCCGGUAGGAUCCUGCACGAUGCUUUCAUCUAUCCCGCGGCCAUAGACGGUACAGAGGGCUAUCUCAUCGACGUGCAUGCCGCCUCGCUAAAGCCGCUGGCGGUCUAUAUGCGCCGCUUCAUCCUGCGCUCAAGAGUAAGCCUGUCCGACCAGACCAGCAAGUUCACUUUGCGCGCUCUCUAUCCUGCGCGAGAUGGCACGAGCAAGCCAGAUGUAGAUGGCAUGCUUUGGCAAGAUGCGAGAUCACCAAGCAUGGGCUGGCGGCUUCUCACAACAGCUCAAAAUCCGCAUCCACCUUCUGACGCCCAGAUAGAAGUAGACGAGAGGCACUAUACGAUGCAUAGAAUCCUGCAAGGUGUGCCCGAAGAGCCACUCGACAUUAUCUCGGGUCGCUCGCUGCCGUCGGGCAGCAAUAUGGACUACAUGAACGGCGCAGUCGAUUUCAAGAAGGGCUGCUACGUCGGACAAGAGCUGACCGCGCGCACGCAUCAUACUGGCGUCGUCCGCAAGCGCACCUUACCUGCUCGCUUGGCACCUUUGCACACGAACGAUGAUAUGGCGCUCCUACUUCCGCAUGGCUACGAUCCCGUACCGAGCGCACUCGCAUCAGACGAUUUGCCAGCACCGGGCACGAAGCUGGCGAGCCACAAGAGCAGCGUAGCCAAUGCGCGCCCGACAGGCGAAUUAGGCACGAGCAUGCGCAUCUCUGACGCAUCUGGCAGAUACCAUGAGCCUAUCACCAUUGGCUUGGCUGUCGUCCCACUAGAGCCAGCCGCUCGAGCGGGCGAGGAGGGUUUGUUCGUCACCAGAAACGCGUUGAUGAACUCGGACCGGGAAGCGGGCGUCAAUGCUGCUGGCGGCAAAGGCACCUCCGCCACCGACGAGAUGACAUCGCUCCCGCAGAGGUCUGCUAGCGCAACGCAAUGGCGACUGAGAGCUUUCAGACCUCAGCAUUGGCCUGCUGCCUCAACUUGA